AUGCCACCCAAGCGCUCUCUACCAGCCGGCAAAACCACCAAUAGCCCUUCCAAGUCCAAGAGAUCACGUCUAUCCAAUACAUCCACUACACCCCGCAAGAGAACCAAAGUUCAACGAUCUAUAUGGAAUUCGACAGAUGAUUGGGAUACCUUGAUCUCAGAAUCUCAAUUGUCAACUUCAUCCAUAUCCAUAAGACCCCCCAGAUUGAGAGAACUACCAACAUUAGUGAAAUGCUGUAGUGAGUCUAUAGCAAGGGGGUUCAAGAAAUUAUGGGAUGUCAGCGGUGAUGGGACUGGAGCCGAGUUUAAGGCUGCAUGGGGAUUCCUGCCCAAUCAUUUGAAAGAGGGGAUAAGGGAUUCAGUGUUCAGGUAUUGGGGAGGGUUCUUGACUGUCAAGAUCCUUGCAGAGGUAUUCCUUAUCCCACCUCAUUUGUACAUCCCCGGUGAACUUCUUCCUUCAAUCUCCUCAGCAGAACACGUCAAGUCCCUUAUCCCCUCUCCUGAACAAAGAGAGCAAUUCACCUCUCUCAGCUUGAAGCAUGCUUCCAAAGCUAGUGAUCUAGGUAUCUCAGCGAUCAUAUAUAAUCUACCGAAUCUUGAAUCGAUAAAUCUCAAAGGAUGUAGUCUGGCUGGAGAGAAGACUAUCAAGCAGAUCUUGGGACGAUGUAGUGGGUUGAAGGGAUUGAAUAUGAAAGGUACGAAAAUCACUGAGGGGGAAGUGAAGAAUUUGUUGGAUAGGUUUGGAAAACGGUUGGAAGUUUUUAAAGUGGAUUCAGUAUUUUUCGAAAAUAUCAACGAUACAUUCUCUUCUCAACCAUACCCAUCCCUCACUCACUUAUCUCUCCCAGGCGAUUUCCUCAACUCUCCUUCCAAAGAUUAUCGUCAUCGAUCCAAGAUCCUAUCCCAAUCCUUUGGAGGAUACCCACAACCUCGUCAGUCACAUCCGGAAAACAUCAUUCAGUGGUACAGCUUUCACAUUCACUUUCCUAAAUUAACUCAUCUGUAUUUACCUGGAUUACUUAUACCUGAAGAUACUCUUAUAAAUCUCUCUCCGGGCUUAAUCAGAUUGCAUUUAGGUGCAGGUGGACCACCUGUUCCUGUUGAAGUUCUGAAUCAUCUAUUGGAGAAGCAGAUGGAUACGUUGAGAUCGUUAAAAUUGGGUCAUAUCAAAUCGACAAAAUUACUAUCAUCAGGUAUACCUGAUUCUACCCCGUUUACGAGAUUAGGCAAGAUACUCAGUCGGUGCGAGAGGUUAGAAGAGUUUAGUAUGAAAGUGGAUCCUGGAGGGUCGAAAGACCCGAUGUGCGAGGCUUGUAUGGGUAGAUAUUCGGAUUUGAUAUUUCGUGAUGGUCUGAGUGGGAAUUGGAGAAAGAGCCUGAAGAAAUUGUCAUUGGUCAUACCUCAAUCUAUCGACUCAUCGAUCUUCUUUCCUUCUGAUUCACAUCAUGAAGAUGAGAGGUCUGUUACGAGUCCUCUAGAGCAACUGGAAUUGCCCUCAGCAAUCAUCGACGAUACUCAUACUUUCGCACUUGCCUUACAGGGAUUCCCCAAAUUGAGAUCAUUAGAUUUAUCAGGAACUACUAUAACAGAUGAGGACAUGGAAAUUAUUCUGCAAGGUUGUAAACUGUUAUCGAGGAUUGAUUUGACUAGUUGUAGAGGUAUAAACGUUAGACAUCGACGGAAUAUCUUCAGGGCGUACGAGCACAACUAA